GAAUCAUACGACGCCUGGACAAUUGACAAAAAAACAUCCACCAAACAUAGGCGCGUUGAAAAAAAAUAAAGAAAUAUAGAUACGGUCAGCGAAAGUGAAAUUAAAGAGAGUAACCGUUGUCACUAGCGCUCUAUUCGGCGGUACGGUGAGUGAGAUGUCGUUCGUCCGACAGUCGCUGCUCUGACAUGUUUACUUCCGUUCCAAGUUUAGGAAAAUAUUAGAGCUCGUCGUGCACUCGCUUUCGGGUUGGUUGCUGCAGGCACACCGAUUAAAAGGGCUGAUAUCGUGAAGUGUGUUCAGUGUCGUUCUGUAAUUAGUUAGUUGUUAGUGUCGUCGGUCGGUGAAUCGUUGUGUCGCGUCGUCUCUGGUCGGUGUCUCGUGUCAGUGGGAUAAUUAUUAGAACAGUUUACAACUGUUCGAUCUCAUUGUUGUGUUGUUUAUUGUGGGUUUAUGUGCUCCGUUUCUUCUACCGUCACUCCAUUUGGAUUAUAAAAAUCAUACACACAUAAAAUCAAUCAGAGAUGGGGAAUGUUCACACUUGCGGACCGAACGAGGCGCUCGUCGUAUCAGGAGGAUGCUGCGGCUCCAUGAGAAAACGGACCAUCGUAGGUGGCUACGCGUUCACCUGGUGGUUUGUUACGGAUGUUCAGCGGCUGUCUCUCGAAGUGAUGACCUUGAACCCCCUCUGCGAGUACGUCGAGACCGCUCAAGGCGUACCAUUGACCGUGACUGGGGUCGCCCAAUGUAAGAUCAUGAAGGCUGACGAACUCUUGCACACGGCCAGCGAGCAGUUCCUCGGCAAGUCUGUCAGCGAGAUCAAAUCGACCAUUCUGUCAACUCUGGAGGGUCAUUUGCGAGCCAUUCUUGGAACUCUUUCCGUAGAAGAGGUGUACAAAGAUCGCGACCAGUUCGCAGCGCUAGUACGCGAAGUGGCAGCGCCUGACGUGGGCCGCAUGGGCAUUGAGAUCCUCUCUUUCACCAUCAAAGACGUCUAUGAUGACGUUCAAUACCUGGCUUCCCUCGGGAAAGCCCAAACAGCCGCUGUGAAACGAGACGCUGACGUCGGCGUCGCCGAGGCGAACCGAGAUGCUGGAAUUCGAGAAGCGGAAUGCGAGAAAUCAGCGAUGGACAUAAAGUACAAUACCGACACUAAAAUCGAAGACAAUGCGCGACUUUUCCAACUACAGAAGGCACUUUUUGAUCAAGAAAUAAACACGGCGAAAGCCGAAGCUCAGCUAGCCUACGAGCUCCAGGCUGCAAAAAUCAAGCAACGAAUACGAAACGAAGAAAUCCAAAUCGAAGUCGUCGAGAGGCGCAAGCAGAUCGAAGUCGAGGAACAAGAGGUUCGUCGUAAGGAACAUGAGCUUCGAAGUACCGUGCGACUUCCAGCUGAAGCGGAACACUACAAAAUGGGCAGAGUAGCCGAAGGAAAAAGGACACAAACGGUCGGCGCUGCAACAGCCGACGCCGAAAGGAUCCGGUUAAUUGGUAAAGCUGAAGCGGAGGCAAUGGAAGCCGUUGGGAAAUCGGAUGCUGAAAGAAUGCGAAUGAAAGCACAGAUCUACAAGAAAUAUGGCGAUGCUGCCAUUCUCAACAUCAUCCUUACUGCUAUGCCAAAGAUUGCAGCCGAAGUAGCUGCGCCAUUGGCCAAGACGGAAGAGAUUGUGCUUUUGGGAGGUGGCGACGGAACCAGUUCAGAAAUCACACGUCUCGUAGGCCAAGUCCCACCAGCAGUUCAAGCAUUAACAGGUGUUGAUCUUUCCAAAGUUCUUGGAAAAAUACCAGGGGCCAAGUAAUCACGAGCAACCACUGAUAGGAUCUGGAAAUGAAAUUUUACUCUUAUACAGCAGAUCAAACGGUUAAAGAAAAGGCAAAUUCAAACAACACGUUAUGCAUACUGCCAAUCAAUUCUCUACCCUAUCGCCCACUCCCAUUUUUCCCUGAAGGAACAAAUUUUUGCUUAUUGAAUCUGGAUUACUGGAUUACUUGGUCUUUGGCCAUGAUUCAAAAACCAAAAACGAAUUGUUGUAUGUACCGAAGGCAAUGAUUAAUUGAAACGCACUUCCCACGCUUCAUGAAUUUCAGCUAAUUCAGUGUUGUGUUCUGAGUCAUCGUAAUACCUUUCUUUCCGUUUGUACCAUCUUCUUCUUACACAUAGAUAUUAUACAUAAUUGUAUACAUGUGCAUUUGAAACGUUACAAUAUACAUAUAUUUCCAAAUUUACAUUCACCAGUUGAUAUAUCAUGUUAGUUUGUGGCAAUGUUACAUGAAUAAUUUAACAUAAGUAAAGCUGCCUGCAUUGAAUCAAUUCAGGACACAUAGUACGGAUCGACGUUUGUCUCAUGGUCUAUGAUUAAUUGAAGAGAGAGAAGUCGGUCAAUCGUGAAGAAUGAGUCUAAUGUCGCUCCACAAAAAUGCACCCUGAACUGCUUAAAUGCAGGUGAAUUUAUCCUAUAUUGAAUUGUUCGUGUGAUAUUUGUACAAAAUAACUGGAUAUAUGGGUUCAAGGUUUGCAAAAUAACAAUUCAUUCUAGAGAAAGCAGGUAUGUAUCAGACAAACCUCAUUGAAAACAAUAAAUUUUUAAUGCACAGGUAAAAUUAAAUUAAAAUUAAAGAAUUAAAGAACAACCCAAAAAAAUUAUACGCGUUGAUUUCAACGGAAGUUAAAAUUUUUCCAAAUGGAAACUUCUUACAUUAUAUUACGUAUAGAUGAAAAGUUCAACUGUUAAUACGUAUAGAUUACGAUUCACGUGACUUGCCUUAGCUGUUUCAUAUUUCGAUGUAGUAAAUGUAUUUGAUCUAUUAAUUCGUCAUCAACAGGCAGAAAUACUAUUUUAUAGUUAGAUUGACAAUUAUUUUUUUUCUCAUGUCGGUUAAUUCUUUCUUUCAAUUGAAUGAAUAAGAAUUUGAUGGAUUCAGAAAACGGACUGCUUACACAUCAAAUUCAAAUGUGCGCAUAAUAAAAAUUUCAGUGCGUUAUUUGAUCAUCGCGCAAAGUCUCAAAAGUAUAAGAGAGAAAUUAUUCUUCAUUUCGUCGCAAGAAUGUAGAAAAAUUAUAUUUUUUCCUCAUGAAUAAAAAUACUAAGAAAAAACAGUU